AUGUGGACAAUUAUACUGUUUUUAGCAGCACUACUUGUUAUAUACUAUACGAUUUGGAUUAACAAAUGGGGGAACCCAGAAUGCGAAGGUGUUCUCCCUCCAGAUUCCAUGGGAAUACCUAUUAUUGGGGAGACCCUUCAGCUAUUUAUUCCUAGUAAUUCUCUGGAUAUUCAUACCAUUCAUCAAGAGGAGAAUGCAGAGAUGUGGUAUGGACCCAUAUUUCGAAGCAGUGUGGCAGGUCGACCUGCUGUGAUAUCAACAGAUCAAGAACUCAACCAUUACAUCCUAACUCAAGAAGGAAGAACAGUUCAACUCUGGUAUUUGGGUACAUUCUCUAAGAUUUUUGCACUUGACGGUGAAUCAAGAACCCAUCCUUUUGGCUAUAUUCACAGAUAUUCACGGGGCGCUAUUUUAAGUCAGAUAGGGUUCAGAAAGCCUCAGGGAAAAACUGCUUCCAGUCCACAGAUGGAAAGUAUGGUGACAGAAACUCUGCAUUCAUGA